AUGGCGGGGAAGCGAGUUACGGGCGGCGAUGGGCGGGAGGAGGACGGCGCCAUGGUCGGGCUCCCGUCGUUGGAUCUCUCCCUCGCGUUCCCGCAGGCCACGCCGGCCUCCAUUUUCCCGCCGUCCGCUUCGGAUUACUACCAGUUUGAUGAUUUGCUGACCAGUGAAGAGCGCUCUAUCAGGGAGAAGGUCAGGGGUAUUGUGGAGAAAGAAAUCGCGCCCAUUAUGGCAGCGUACUGGGAAAAGGCAGAGUUUCCAUUUCAUGCCAUUCCUAAACUUGCAAGCCUUAGUGUUGCUGGUGGUACAAUAAAGGGUUAUGGGUGCCCAGGACUUUCAAUUACAGCCAGUGCUGUUACUAUGGCAGAAAUGGCACGGGUAGAUGCAAGCUGCUCCACAUUUAUACUGGUGCACUCCUCUCUUGCGAUGGUGACAAUAGCUCUUUGUGGAUCUGAGGCUCAGAAGCAGAAGUACUUGCCAUCCCUUGCUCAACUUACUACUGUUGGCUGUUGGGCAUUGACAGAGCCAAAUUAUGGAAGUGAUGCAAGCUCUUUGAGAACUACAGCGACCAAGGCACCUGGUGGGUGGCACAUAGAUGGUCAAAAACGCUGGAUCGGUAACAGUACGUUCGCCGAUGUGCUCGUGGUAUUAGCUAGGAAUGCAGAUACACAACAACUAAAUGGGUUUAUUGUGAGGAAAGGAGCUCCUGGUCUGAAAGCUACAAAGAUUGAGAACAAAAUCGGUCUCAGGAUGGUUCAAAAUGGUGAUAUAGUUUUUAACAUGGUGUUUGUCCCUGAGGAAGACCGAUUGCCAGGCAUCACCUCAUUUCAGGAUAUCAGCAAGGCUUGGAACUCCAGGAUGGCCCGCGAGGUGGUUUCUCUUGGCCGAGAGCUGCUGGGUGGGAACGGAAUUUUGGCCGAUUUCCUUGUGGCAAAGGCGUUCUGCGACCUGGAGCCAAUUUACUCGUACGAAGGCACGUACGACAUCAACAGCCUGGUGACCGGCAGAGAGAUCACCGGGAUCGCGAGCUUCAAGCCCGCCGCGCUAGCGAAAGCCCGGUUGUAA